AGCCGGUGUCCCACCCCAGCAUCCAGAUCGUCGACUGGGUGCUGGCCAACGGCAGCCGUCACCGUCAACUGCACGGCGGAGCGGGGGGACAACGUCUCCUACAGCUGGAGCAGCCAGGACACCAGCACCUCGGGGCUCUGCUCCCGCAACGACAGCCUCCUGCACCUCUCCUACCCCCUGCAGAACACCAGCAUCGCCUGCGACUGCACGGCCAGCAACCCCGUCAGCACCCAGCACGUCACCUUCAACUCCUCCGAGUGCAGCCACGAGCAAGGGG